AUGGAGAAAAUCAUCUACGACUUCUACUCUGAUCUCUUCGACAGCCAUGUCCACUUGCCUCCUCACCAUCUGAGGGAAGACGGACAAGUCAUUCCAGAGGUUCUCCUGUCCGAAAUACGACAUGUUAUCAUGUCGGUAAGAAAUCGUACGGCACCCGAUCCCGACAGAAUAAGACCAGAACACCUGAAGAGCCUUCCGCCAGUACUCAUCAACACCCCGGCUCUUUACACGUUAUCUGUCGGAAUGCAAGGACAGCCAUGCGAGCAAGCAGGGUUUCGAAAAGGAUUCAGCACGAUUGACCACAUUCACACCGUUUCGAAACUCAUCGAGGUAUCACGAGAGUACAAGAUGCCGCUCUGUCUCACCUUCAUCGACUUAAAGAAGGCCUUCGACUCAGUUGAGACGGAAGCGGUCGUGGAAGCCUUGGACAACCAAGGCGUCCCUACUCAGUACAUAAAGGUACUUCGAGAGUUGUACACUAACUUCACCACCGGAAUUUUGCCAUUCUACAAGAACAUCAUCAUUGACGUGAAGAAGGGGGUACGACAGGGUGAUACAAUUUCAUCCAAAAUAGUCACGGCCACCCUCGAGAACGCAGUGCGAAAGUUGGAAUGGGACGACAUGGGAGUGAAGGUUGAUGGUCGGCAGCUACACCAUUUGCGCUUUGCUGAUGACAUCGUACUGAUAACACCUAGCAUCAGCCAAGCGGAACGAAUGCUGACCGAAUUCGACGAAACAUGUGGAUGCAUCGGUCUUCAGCUGAAUCUAAAAAAGAUGAUGUUUAUGCGGAACGAAUGGGUCUCGGAUGCCCCAUUCACGCUCAACGGAACGAACAUAUCCGAAUGCACCAGCUACGUUUAUCUGGGUCGGGUACUGAACAUGAUGAACGACCUGACCCCCGAGCUGGGCAGGAGGAGACGAGCGGCUUGGGGAGCGUACAAGAGCAUCGAGGAUGUAGUGAAGAAGACCAGGAACACCCGGCUCCGUGCUCACCUCUUCAACACCACCGUACUUCCUGCUUUGACCUAUGCUUCGGAAACCUGGGCAUUUCGCACGCAGGAAGAAAACGCGGUGAGCGUCAUUGAACGCGCAAUUGAGAGAGUGAUGCUAGGAGUAUCCCGUUUCACGCAAGUGAGGGACGGGAUUCGAAGUUCUCUCCUACAUCAGCGAUCGAAGAUUAGAGACGCCGCCGCGUUUGCCAAGGAAAGUAAAAUAAGGUGGGCCGGACACGUGAUGCGCUUUGAUGACAACCGUUGGACCAGAGCCGUGAGCGACUGGGUUCCCCGCGAUAUUAGUCGCACUACAGGAAGACCGCCGAGCCGAUGGUCAGAUUUCUUCACGAAGUCCUUAAAGAAAAAUAUGAUGCUCUUCGUGUCCCACGCGAAAGGAGGAACCACUGGGCUACUCUGGCACGCGAUCGGGACAAAUGGAAGAAUUACUGGCGCCCGCUCGACCAGUUCGAAGAUCAACGGGAGUCAAGGUGAUCAAGGUGAAUACAAUGUACAUCACCUUCACCAAAGACGCAUGUCUGGCAAUGAAUUCGCCCGUAAAGGUUCACUUACCUUUUCUAUUAUAAUGACAGUAAUUGGAAUGGGAUUGAGUAUUGCAGCGAUAUUGACACCCAGUUGGCAGGUCGUAAAUCUUCGCGAAUACAACUCAAUCCACGAACACGGGUUAUGGUUAGACUGUACACGACAUAGUCGCGAUGGGAAUCAUAUUCUGCAAAGAUAUGCCACAGUAACUGAACCUUUACACUGUGUGUACAAGUUCGACUACGACAAAUAUUCGGGCACCUUCGACCUCGAAGACGACAAUAGCCCAGUAGGCGAAGUGAAUCGGCAUAAAUUCUACGGUUGGCACACGGCUACGCUGGUUCUGUUGGGACUGGCGUUGUUGACGUCGUUUCUUUCGAUAUGUCUUGGAAUGUGUUCUUGCUGCUAUGGUUCACUCAGCUUGGUCUUUACAGCUACUGCACUCUUGACUACAUUCCUCUCUGCGGUUGCUGAGGGCAUAUUUUUCUUCUAUUCUCACCGUGCUGACAACCGUUUUAUAAAAGGCAUAGUCGGCACUUAUGAGCAACGAGUCGGUCUUGCUUUUUUCCUUCAAAUGGGAGCUGCAUUCUUCCAUUUUGUGGCUUUCCUUGUAGCAAUGAUCUCUACCUAUUUCUCCUUUUCCCGCUCUAAAGAUGCUCAGGAUCAUUACAGUAUUCAACGUAGUUCUAGAACGAACGUCACGAAUAUAGGAAGAUCAAUGGAGUUUGAUGCACCUUUAAUGUAUCAGCCGCAAACUCCUCAACCAACCACACGACCACCGUACUCAAAACAAGAGGAGUACGAGAGACAUGUUGCUGAAAGUAUGCCCGAAUUGGGAAUGACCAGAGGAGCCUUCCCGUCUGCUGAAUUUUUCCCAACGAGAGUUCGUCGAAAGAGUGAAACAUGUGUGUGA